GACAACAAAUUGAAAGGUGGUGAAAGUCAGGGAGAGACAGGCCACUUCUUUAAUCGCUUCUGAACACACAGAGCAUGGAUGCUGGGAUGGACCUGCUCCACAGCUCUGGGGUGGAACUGGUGCAGUAUCUACAGCUGAAUUACAGGGACUCCCAGAGCUGGUUCACUUUUAUCUCCAUUGCUGCUGAUCUAAGAAAUACUUUCUAUGUUUUCUUCCCCAUCUGGUUCCACCUGUGUGAGGCAGUGGGCAUCAAACUCAUCUGGGUGGCUGUCAUCGGAGAUUGGCUCAACCUCAUCUUUAAAUGGAUAUUAUUUGGUCAGAGACCUUACUGGUGGGUUCAUGAAACUUCAUACUAUGGCAACUCAUCUGUUCCUGUUCUAGAGCAGUACCCCAUCACCUGUGAAACUGGACCAGGAAGCCCCUCAGGUCAUGCUAUGGGAUCAGCUGGGGUUUGGUAUGUAAUGGUGACAGCACUGUUGGCCUCUGUGCUUCAGGAAAAGCAGCAUUGGGUCCAAAGUAGAUGUGUUCAUGCUGGACUUUGGACAAUAUUCUGGGUGAUUCAGUUCUGUGUCUGCUUAUCUAGAGUGUUUGUGGCCACACACUUCCCUCAUCAAGUCUUCCUAGGAGUCCUUUCAGGAAUGGUUGUGGCGGAGAUGUUUGGCCGGCUUAAUGCAAUCUACAAUGCAAGCCUCAAGAAGUAUCUGCAGAUCACUCUCUUCCUGUCCUCCUUCGCUCUGGGCUUCUACCUGCUGUUGAAAGCGCUGGGAGCCGACCUGCUGUGGUCAGUGGAGAAAGCCCAGAGAUGGUGCGCCCGAGCAGAGUGGAUCCACAUUGACACCACUCCCUUCGCUGGGCUGGUCAGGAACACGGGAGCCUUGUUCGGAUUGGGAUUAGCUCUGAACUCACCCAUUUAUGCCGAGAGCUGCAAGGGAAAGAGAAGCCAGCAGUUCAGCUUCAGAUUCAUCUGCAUUGUGGCCUCACUAAUCAUCCUGCACCUCUUUGACUCUGUGAAGCCUCCAACGCAAAGGGAAUUCCUGUUUUAUUUCCUGUCCUUCUGCAAAAGUGCCACCGUGCCUCUGGCAGCUGCAGCUUUUAUCCCAUUCUGUGUGUUACAGGUUGUAAACAGACAGGAGAAGAAGGUUUUGUAGAUUUCUGAAGUGAAACAUAAUUGCAGGUGAUAGGGUGUAGUGUCAGAGGAGGAAUCAGCCUACUGCUAACAGGUUUAUGUACGUUGCACCAGAAAUGUGGCGAUUUUCUACUCAAAGCUCACUUUAAAUAUUUUUUUAACACUUCCGUGUCGGAAAAACAAGUGAAGCAAAGUCUGGUUGAAGUUUGCAAGGAGCUGUUUCAACAAUGUGUUAUCUGGAGGUGACUGCCAGUAAUAGCAAGAGACAAAAGAUUAAUCCUUUUGCACGAUAGCUCUCUCCGUUACAAUCAUAGAGAUACUGGAGCAUUUUUAAAAAUAAAUUAACACCACUAUUAAACUACCUGACGGACAAAUGCUCUAAAUAUAUCGUAAAAUUUUUAUUAGCUUUAAACUAUAAAAUUUAAGGAAAUUGGAUCAUUUUAACUUUUUCUGUUGUUGAAAGCAGAUCACAGUGUUGUUUCCACAGUAUAUUACAACUGCUAACUCACCAGACGUUUUGUCCACACAUCAAUGGGAAACUGAUUAAAUAAUUUUAAUUAACUGCCUCUUGGCUGGUGGCUAGUAUGGAUGGAGAAAGGUGGAAUGAGGGGACAUUAGCUUUCAUAGCUUUGGCACUUUAAAUCUCAUCUUAACCUGCCAGAAUUCAGGCAUGGACAGACCACCUCCUCAUUUAAAUAGCAAAGCCACAACCUAAUGUUGUCAUUGGGACACACACAAUUUUAACUGCAGGUUCAACCUUGGCCUGCAGCCCCGUACCCAGCAGCAGAAACUGGAGGCCAUGGGCAAACCGGCAGAUUCACUUCAAAAAGAUUGUUUCAUGGUUUCUUGUGUCCACAGCAGGACUCUUGCUUGUCUUGGCACCUCCUCAGCUCUGGACUUCACCAGCCUUCCUCAACUGUCCUAUUCCUUCUGAGGUUUCUCCUUCCAAUCUCUGUCCCAUCCUGCAACAUUUGACUCUAGUCCGCUAUUUCUCACUCAAUUCUCACUCAAGGAGAUGUUAUUCUUUUUGAGGACUGGACCUGAGUCCCUACCCGAGCAAUUCCUUGCUAGAAUUAAAAUCAAAACCUUUGUGCCCAUGGUAUGAUUGGGUUCAUCCAUUCAGACUCAUAACUGAAUGUGAAAGGCAAUGAUGAGGUGUUGUGCCCUUGCCUCUUAGGGGACUGGAGCAGCAGUAAUGUAUAUGUGUCAUUUGCAACAUACAACAGGAAAUGGUUCCCAACCUAUUCCCAAAGACUAGCCCUAGAGAGUGAUCUGCCUUUUUAAAAGAUAAGAGAUUGUUCUUGCAAUCUCUGAGGUUCAUUUUUAUUGGUAAGAAAAUUUGGGCAGUUUCAUGGAUUUAAAAUAUGGAGUGUUAUUUAUUUUUUUAUUGAUUUUUUUUGGGAGGGAAAAGUAUGAAAUGAAUAAAAUGUACUUGAAAAAAUUGGUGGUGAUUAAGUUCCUUGUCAUUGUGUAAGUUGUAACAUUUGGUUAUAUUUUAUUAUGAAAAUUUUCCAA